GGAAAUGGUGACCGCCCCAUCACAUGCAGCAGAGUGCCAUGGGGCUGAGCUAUCUUACUUAUUCAUUUUGGCGUCCGUGCUUAUCUGCAUUCUUCUUCUGUCCUAUUUCUUUCAAUUCUUCCUCAAACCCCUUGGCCAGCCUGGACCCAUCGCUCAAAUACUUGCCGGGCUGGUGCUAGGCUGGUCAGGAUUGAACCAGAUCCAAUAUGUAAGAGGAUCAAUGUUCCCGUAUCUGGCGGAGGUUCAAUACAGGGAUUUGUCAAUCUUAAGCCGUACCAUCUUCAUGUUCCUUAUCGGCCUCGAGAUGGAUGUUCCUUACACACUGCGUUCUCUAAGGCUAUCAUCGACCGUCGCAUUUUGUGGGACCUUACUCUGCAGCAUCCUGACCGUCCCCGUCUCUCAACUCAUAUAUCCUUACUACAUCCACGCCAACCACAACCUAGACAACAGGUCCAACUUCACUCUCACUCUCAUGCUCCUCGCCGCUAGUGCCUCCUCCCCACUCGCCAUCAAGAUCGCUGACGAGAUGAAGCUCUCCACAUCCGAUGUUGGCCGCCUUGCCAUCACUACCUCACUGUUGAACUACAUUUCUUGUUUGUCUUGGGCGGCAUUAAGGAUUACGCUAUGGAGAAUGGGAAUCAUGGGGGUUUGGAAGGGCUUCGUCGGUGCUGCGUUUUGCUUGGCCCUCCUCGUUGUGGCCAUCUUGCUGAACAAGGCCCUGGUCAGGUGGUUGAACCGGAGGCACCUGCACCUUCAAUACCUCAAGAAUAUGGAGGUAGUUUACAUCUUGGUGGUCCUUAUUGGCAUGGCCGUGUUCUUGGAAUGGAUGGAUUACGUUGCUGAUGCGGCUUGCUUCUUCCUUGGGGUAAUGUUCCCUAGGGAAGGGAAAGCCGCCAGAACUGUGAUUCAUAAAUUAGGGUUUCCCGUCUACAAUAUCAUAUUCCCGUUGUAUUUUGGGUACAUGGGGUUUCAGGCCGAUUUAACUCGGCUGAAACACUUGCCUGACUUCAUCAUGGUCCUCAUCCUCCUCUCCUUGAACAUCGUCGGCAAGAUGGGCGGAACCCUAAUUGCAGCUUGUCAUUUCUUCAAGAUCCCAUUCAACGAGGGCCUUCUGCUCGCCUUCUUGCUCAGCUUAAAUGGAAAUCUUGAACUUUUACUCCUCAACUCGAAAUUCAAUAAGAAAGUAAGUUUUUCUCAUUUUCUCUUCAACUCAAUUCAAUUCCUCCAGAAAUGGAACGCAGCGUUUUCAAAUGCGCUAAAGGUGACGAUGGUGAUCAAUACGCUAUUAGUCGGUCCCACCUUGGCUUUCCUGGUGAGGAGAGAAAGAAGAGCAACGACAUUCAAGCAUGUGGGAUUAGAGUGGCAGAAACCAUACAGCGAGCUCCGAAUCCUGGCCUGCGUUCAUGGUCCUCGUCAUGUAUCCACCAUGGCUUGGAUCAUCGCUGCGUCAAUUGGGCCCAACAACGCUAUUACCCCUUACUUGAUGCACCUAGUUGAGCUCACCGGCAGGAACAAAGCGUACGUGUUGUAUCACACUCGAGAUGAGAGCGACGCUGGCAACGACGAUCAUUACGGUGGUAACGAUGCGGUGGAGAUCAGUCACAACAUCGAUACCUUCACAGCGGAGAUGGGCAUCACAGUCCACUUGGUCACGGCGGUGUCACCCUACGACACAAUGCACGAGGACGUGUGUUUGGGUGCAGAGGAUUUGCAUGCUUCCAUAAUACUCCUCCCUUUCCACAAAUACCAGCAGGUGGAUGGGAAAAUGGAGAUCGACAAGGAAGGGAUCAGGACCACCAACCAGAAGGUGCUCCGUCACGCCCCGUGCUCCGUGGGAAUCCUCGUGGACAGGGGUCUCUACGUGGCAACAGCUGGGCCCAACAUGGAGGGUACCAAAAGGCAACACAUUGCCGGUUUGUUCUUCGGUGGGCCCGACGAUCGAGAGGCCUUGAUCUACAGCGGACGGAUCGCCACGCAUCCCCAGGUAGACCUCACCGUCUUCAGAUUUCGGCUCACCGACAGGAAAAACCAAUUGCAGACACAGAGCCAGAUUUUAUCCAGCUUCAGCAGCAACACCGAAGGGGAAGUCGUAAUGUCGAUUCCAAUCCAAGAGACCGAGAACGACGCAGACCAGGCUUUCCUCUCCUCUUUCUACAAGAGGUACGUGACGACGGGAGAAGUGGAGUAUGUAGAGAAGUAUGUGGGAAACGCGCAAGAGACAGUAGCGACUCUAAGCGCCAUGGCGGACAUGUUCGCUCUUUUCAUAGUAGGGAAAGGAAGGAGAGGGCUCUGCCCAUUAACCGCAGGAUUGAGCGAGUGGGAAGAGUGCCCGGAGCUUGGGGAGAUUGGGAAUCUAUUGGCUUCUGCGGAUUUUUCAGUUACCGGUUCCAUUUUGGUCAUCCAACAGCACAGAGAACCCAGGAAAGACGAAGAGUUCACCAUAAGCUAAGCUACCAUCUCUU